AUGACGUUGGUUUCCGAAGCGGGAGGCUCCGUGGUGGCCAGAGGCUGUUGUUGUCUUCUAAAUGUGGAAAGAAAAUCAAUCAGGAUGGACAUUACUACUCGUAUGAAAUGUCUCUUGUUGGCGAUCGGACAAUAUAAGGAGAGCAGGACAGCCACAAAUGCAGCCAAACUUCAGAAACAAGUCGAAGAGGUGUCCACUCUUCCCUCUGAGCAGCUGCUAACCUCAGGACAGAAUCUUCCCUCUGAAUGUGUUACUGGACUUGUGGAUUUAGCUGGAAAUCCAAACACCAGCCUCACCUUGACUAGCUGCAUUGUCUCUCUACUAGAACAGCUGGCCUGUGAUGAUGAGAGUCGAGAGAUGCUCCACCGCAGCUACAGCCUCACAAGCACCCUGGCAUCCAUCAUCCACAGUCACAGCUCUACCCCCGGAGAACCGCUGGUACUGCAGUGUCUCCGGGUGUUGCAAAAAUUGACUUACAACACUCGCAUCUUUCAGUCAAUGAACUACUUCCACGAACUCAUCACAUUCCUCAUGACCAAUAUACAGUCCCUCAACGAUGAGCUCGUCAUUCCUUGUCUUGGCCUCAUGGCAAAUCUUUGUCGAGAUAAUCAUUCUGUACAAAGCCAUAUCAAGUCUUUGGAGGAUGUGAAGCCUUUUUAUCGAACGUUGAUAAACUUCCUGGCUCAUAACAGUCUGACGGUGGUGGUUUUCACUCUGUCUAUUCUGGCCAGUCUCACAAUGAAUGAGAAGGUUGGAGAGAAGCUUUUUGAUGCAAAGAACAUCCACCAGACUUUUCAGCUCGUCUUCAACCUGGUGGUAAAUGGCACAGACACUUGUAGAUACGCUGUUGACCUUCUUGUUGACCUUCUGAAAAAUGCAAAGAUUGCCGAUUAUCUCACAAGGUAUAAGCACUUUUCAGUUUGUGUUUCCAAAGUUUUGGGACUUUUACAUUCAAAAGAUCCUGAGGCAGCUGCAAAGGUGCUGGAGUUGUUGUUGUCAAUGUGCCACAUCUCUGGUCUGCGCUCACUGCUCUGUGAGGUGGUCUUCAAACCAGCUGCCCCUAAACUGCGGGUGGGGCGCAGGCAGGGACAGGACACGGAUGUGAAGGAGUCUGGAGUGGCUUUGGUCCAGUGUCUGAGCUCCACUGUGGAAGGAGCAGAGGCACGCACGCUGCAGGCGCUGCAGCUGCUACAUGAACUGCUGGAGGAGGCUCUGGGCACAGACUCGGUGGCUGACUGUGUCCUGAGUUAUGUGGAAAUGUUACUUCCUGUUCUGCUAGAGCUGCUUCAUGGCCUGCGCUCUGCAGAAGGAGACGCUCAGCUCAAAAAACACUGCACCCGCAUCACACUCGUAACCAGCCUCCUGCUCGUGCUGUGUGUGGAGGACUCCACUCGCACCCUGGUCUCUGAGCAGGUUAGCGCUCAGCUCUGCCUCUCACAGGUGGAGGAGCUGCUAGCCUGUUGCCAUAACAACAGCCCUCUCACCUGCCCUGCCCCCCCCUCUGACAGCCUCAGUCAAGUCAGUUCUGAAGCCCUUUUAAAAACUCUGGAGUUGAUGAGCAAACUCAGACAGCAGGUGAAGGACAUGGUGACGAGUUUCUACAAGAUGCUGCAGGACCAGAGGAUUGUGACCCCGUUGUCGUUGGCGCUGACUUCCCAUCACAGAGAGAGCGUCCAGACUGCACUCUCGCUGCUGUUCGAAGCCACUCCUCUCCCAGAGUUCCCUGCUCUAAUCCUGGGCGAGUGUAUUGCUGCCAAUAACGCCUAUCGGCAGCGGGAGGCGGAGCUGUCAGUCAAACGUGUUGCUGUGCAGGAGUACCCGCCCACUCGGACCAACAGCAGCGUUCUGGACUCAACCACCUCCAUUCACAAAACAGUCAACGGUUUAGCAGACAAGAUGCAGACCGGCCUCGCGUUACAGGAGAAGCCAAAGGAUACACUUUUGUCAGAAGUCAUUAAUGUGUAUGAACAAAAGCUCUCUGCAUUUGAGUCUAAAGAGAGUCGACUGCAGGAUUUGUUAGAGGCAAAGGCCUUGGCAUUGUCUCAGGCCGACAGACUCCUUUCUCAGUUUCGAGUGCAACAAGUGCAAGCUGAAGCGGAGGCCCGAAAGCUGAGUGGGCUGCUGAAGGAGGCGGAGCGCAGGCGCGAGGAGCUGCAGUGCGAGCUUGGUAAUCAGGUGCUGGAGGUGGAGAGGAGCAAAUCUGACAUCGAGGAGCUGCUGAAACACAACACACGGCUGCAGCAGGACUCGGAGGAGCACCAGACUCUGAAGGGGGCCUACAACACACUGCUCCACAGAUUGAAUGAAAGCGAGCGUCUUUUGAGAGAGCUGCAGGCGGCACACAUUUCUUUGACAAAACAAAACGACACAUUGAAGAAAAACCAUGAGGCGCUUCAGCAGCAAAAUGACAGGAUGGUGGCGUUGGUUGAGCAGAAGGAGGAACAAAUCAAAUCUCUGCAAUCCGAUUUACGGCAAAAAGACAGUGAGAUCGCAGAUUUGCGGUUGGAGCUUGGAGCUGAGGCGCAAAAGCUGAAGGAAAAAGAGCAGGAGCGACGCGACCUGGAGGAGACUGUGGACGUCCUGAGGAAAGAACUGGACAAAACUCAACAGGCGAGGAGAGACGCCAGCAUCAAGGCCUCAUCCCUGGAGCAGCAAAAGAGCCAGCUGGAGAUAAAACUGAAGCAGAAGGAGGAUGAACUGAACAAACACUCGUCGAUGAUCGCCAUGAUCCACAGUCUGAGCAGCGGGAAGAUGAAGAACGAAGCAAUCCCUCCGCUAUAA